UCCAUGCACGGCACGCGGCGUACGUCAUCGUUAGUCAUCUCUUGGCCUCCGUGCGAGCGAGUACCAUACCCACUCUGUUGAUCUGCGAGCGAGUCUGCCGAGCCUGAGAUAAGGUGUUGAAUCGACGAGCAGUAGAUGGUUUUAGAUAAUCCUUGAGGUUAUCCCCGCUCGUGACCGCUUAAAAAAAAACAAUCUAUUCGUGGCCGAGAGAGACGUCGAUGGUUAAGAAGUUCCUGACGAGGCUGUUGUCGCUGAACGAGCGUCUUCGCCACCACCCGCCGCCUCCCGCCCCUCCCUGCCCCUCCUCCAACGCCCUCCGGCUGCAGGGCCCCCCCGCCGCUCCUGAGGGAGGUUCGAGAUCCUGCGGAAGAGACUGGGAGUGCCAGAGCCUCGGGGCGCGGUGGACGGUGAUCAGGCUGCAGGCACGUGUGCACAGGGCUCUUGCAAGCGGCCCUUGAUCGCGGUGACUUUGGCACGGAGGUCGGUUGCCGCCGGCGAGAAAACAAGAUGGCCUCAGUUCCUGAAAUGCUUAUGGAUCAAAUCCAGCCUCCCUUGACCACCUCUGGAGGCAAAGUGUCGGUGGUUGGUGUUGGUCAGGUGGGAAUGGCCUGCGCCUUCUCACUCCUGACGCAGCACAUUUGCUCUGAGCUGGCCCUGGUUGAUGUUGCUGCUGACAAGCUGCGUGGAGAGAUGAUGGAUCUCCAGCAUGGACUUACAUUCCUGAGGAACGUGAAGAUUGAUGCAAGCACCGAUUAUGCUGUGACAGCUGGCUCUCGAGUGUGCAUUGUCACCGCUGGUGCCCGACAGAGGGAGGGAGAGUCUCGCCUGUCCCUCGUACAGCGCAAUGUGGACAUCUUCAAGGGUAUCAUUCCCCAGCUGGUAAAGCAUUCCCCUAACUGCAUCCUCCUCGUUGUGUCAAAUCCAGUGGAUAUCCUCACCUACGUUACAUGGAAACUGUCUGGUCUCCCCAAGCACCAUGUGAUCGGCUCGGGCACCAACCUGGACUCUGCCAGAUUCCGCUUCCACCUCUCCCAGAAACUGAAUGUCGCUCCUUCAUCCACCCAUGGCUGGAUUAUUGGCGAGCAUGGUGACUCAUCUGUACCUGUCUGGUCUGGUGUUAAUGUUGCUGGUGUGCGUCUGCGUGACCUGAACCCAAAGGUGGGAACUCCUGAAGAUCCUGACAAGUACAACGAACUACACAAAGAUGUUGUGAACAGUGCAUAUGAGAUCAUCAAACUGAAGGGAUACACCUCCUGGGCCAUCGGUCUCUCUGUCGCCUCUCUGGUGUCAUCUAUCGUCAAGAACAUGCGCGCCUGCUAUGCUGUCUCUGUAGCUGUUCAGAAUUACCAUGGUAUCGACAAGGAUGUGUUCCUGAGCUUGCCUGUGGUCUUGGGUGAGAAUGGCGUCACUCACGUCAUCAAGCAGACCCUAACAGAAGCUGAAAUGGCUCAGCUCCAACAGUCCGCUAAUACACUCUGGGAUGUUCAGGCUGGAAUUCAGUUCUAAGUGAAGAUACAGAGAACAUCCUGACUGUGAAUGUUCAGAAAGGGUUCAUGCUGUGGCACUGCUUGAAGGAUCUAAUUUCGAGGAGUGUAAAUAUACUGCCAAAUGAGAAGGAAGACAUAGUUUACAUGCUGCUAAUAUGCAAUAUUUAUUUUGAAGAUAGGAUGGUUCUUGAUUGUACUAAGGAUGAAUUAUUAAUAUGCAGUUUCAAUACAGUGUAUUUUGCAUUCUGCUGCAUGUGCUUUUCAUGUAUUCAGGAGUUCAUAUAGAGUAAUAACUAAUUAUGGCUUAUUGGUAUGAGAGAUAUAUGUGAUGAACUUUAGAAUCAUAUUCCUCAUCUCCAAUUUAACUGUAAGUCCUUCUCUAACUUGAUUUUGAUAAGAAAUUGCAUAUUUUAACAACACUUUAUAAAAGCCUUUCUCAAAAUAAAUACAAGUAUAAGUUAUAUAAUAGGGAUCAGUAUUACAGUUCUCAAGAUCUUGGCACUGAACACAUUAUAUUAUGUGUUUGUCUGAUUAAAUUUAGCAAAAAUGUAAUUCCUAAACCAGUAUUCUUUAUCAAAUAUAUCUGAUAUAUUUUGAUGUAUCAAUCCUCAUCCUGUUUCCUAAGAAAUUAAUAUAUAACAAUGAAAUUAUUAGCCAAAAAGUUUUUUAAGCAGACUAAUUAUACAGUAACUCAAAGUUAGGGUAGAAAAGUACAGGGAUUUUGUUCUGUUCAUUGCUCUCUUCCGUAGAUAUAAAAAGAGUUUACUUUAAUGGUUACUUCUGUUUGACUUUAAUGUUGACUUCUGAUAUAUUGAGACAAGCAUAAUGCAGUUUAUAUAUAUGUGAUAGAAAUAUUUAAAGGGAAAGUCAGAGAUUUCUGUUUCUUACCCAAAUCAAAAAUGGAAAUUGAAAGGUUUUAUUCUCUGUUGAAACAUAUUUGGACAUGUGAUUUAUUUAAGAACAUUUUAUUAGCAUGCCUAAACUCUGAGCACAUAUUGGAUAGUGUAUCAAAUUUAUUAUAUUAUAUUCUUUAUGUCUACAUUAAUAUGCUUUUCACUACAGUGUGAUAAUACACUACAAAUGGUG